AAACAAUACUUUUAUUUAUUCCAUAGCAACUAUCUCUGGCAGCUGGAUAUAAUAUUGUAACAAUACAUAUAUGUGUGUUACGUUAUAUUUUUCUUGCGCCGCCCGUCGUCGGUGAAGAGUCCAUUUGAGCCCAAUUACAGAGAACAAUAGCUAGACAUAAAAAAGGGCAGGUAGGUUGUUGUACCGUGUACAAGACAUCUCGUGUUCACGUAGGCUUUGAGAAAGACCGCAUCCCAAAUGCAAUCAUUAAUAGUUCCUUUCACGGGUCAAACUCGUAAUCUAUAAAUCACACACAGAUAACUUUACCUAUUCUCCAAAGCACUCCUUCUAGACAUACAUGAGAAUAAGAAAGAAAGUACAUUUUUUGUUAUAAGAAGUAUUAGCAUACUUCAUAUUCCAUUUUACACCUAAUUAAGAGAUUUGUCGGUGACACUUUACCACAUGCUCGCAAUUCAACCUAUAUCUUUUUUUGGUACCAUCCAAAUAUUCUGAUUCGUCCUCAUAGGACUAUUUGUCUACAUGCAAAACAACCUCUUGAUAAUAAUUUAAAAGGGAGUAUAUUGCUAUUUGGGCAUCAGAUAUCAUGAUCAAAAGCACAGAACUGGAUCAAAGAAAGAGUUUUUCUUUUAGUUCUUUUGACUUCAACUCAUCUCAUGGCCUCUUCUCUUCUGAUGAUGAUGGCAGUCAUGGUUAUGAUGCUAGUUAUGUUAUGUAUGAUACAGACGACGAUGACGACGACGAUGACGAUGGCGCGUAUAUUGAAAUAAACCUUAAUCCACUGCCAACAAAAACAACAUUAGUUGAUUAUGAUGGUGAGAGUGUGAAUUUUCAUAGAGAGGAGAAGGAAGCUUCAGAGGUGGAAUUACGCAUAUCUUUUUCAGCUGGAAUUCCCUCAACUGUGACAACAUGUUCAAUAUCAGCUGCUGAAACGUCUCGUAGUACAACACAACAUGCACAGAGAACAAUUAAUAAGCCAAGGUUAGGCCUUUUCGUAUCGUUGACUCGCAUUAUCAACGCGUUCGUGGCAUCCUCAGUCAAGACCUCAAAUUUAGUGAGAGUAGAAGAAGCUAAUUUUGGCCAUGAAUUUGAACAUGAGCGUAUUCAUCUUCCGUCCAUGUCGAAAGCUGACUACACGGAGAUGUUACGCAGCAGGAAAGACCGCACGAUGGUUGCUUCAAAGCCAAAUGGAAUUAUGAGCUUUAUUGUAAAAUUCAAGUACAGAAAUAUUCCAUCAAUGCUGUUUUCUAUGCUCUCACCCAAACCCAAAAGAGAACAAAUGCCGGCCAGACAACCUUUGCUACAGCGAGGCAGCAACACAUGCAACAGGAAUCCAACAAAUGACACUACGAAAUUGAAAACUCGCAAUCAUUCAGAGCUUAAUUAUCAAGAUCUAACCCGCGACAAAUCAACAUCAUCUGUCGCGGGUAUAAUGAACCUUAAGGCAAUGAGAGGAGUAUUAGAUUCACUCGUCAGGACGGGUCGUUAUUACACAAGUGCAAGAACAAGGACAUCAUUUGCCAAUAAGCAUAGUAAAAGUAAAAGCUGCCCAAGUUCUAUUAAGUCGUCACCUAUGCAUAGCAACAAUAUUAGUUGUGGUGAUGAAGUUAGAAGAUUUUAUUCGAGGGAUAAUUCUGUUCAGGCAGCCAUUGCUCAUUGUAAGAAAUCGUUUGGCGCUCCAGUUGACUUUGAAUUUCAUCGUUAAACGUCGAACCCUCGAGCCUCUUAGUUAUUAUUUUCUAUAGUUGAUUCUUGCAAAUUAUAAAUAGUUUAGGCCAUGUUAAAUCCAUAGUCAAAGCGAUUGGGUAUUUUUUUACCUUUUUGAUCUAGUUGAGAAAGGAACGACUCCUUCUUACUUC